AUGCCCCCAGCUCCAACCCACAGUUGGCGGAUCGCCAUCAUCAGGGAGCCUGACUCUGCCAUCGCUCUCGGCACCGUCGCUUUCGGUGCCUUCACUUUCUUUGCCGUCACUUUCAGUGCCUUCGUUGUCGGCACCAUCGCUUUCUGUGCCAUCGCCUUCUUUGCCGUCACUUUCCUUGCCUUCGGUCUCGCUGUCAGUUACGGUGCCGUCAAUCUCCGCACCUACCGUUUCGUUACCGCCUAUUUCUUUGUCCCAGUCUGCUUCCUUCGGCACACUCCUGUCGCUGUCGCAGCUAUCGGUCUCGGUGCCGUCAAUACCGCUUCCAUCCGUUUCACAGCCAUCUGUAUCGUUGCCGUCUGUUUCGGGACCAUCUUUGCUGCCGUCGGGCUCACUUCUAUCUAUUUCUUUGUCGUCGAUCCCACUGCCAUCCGUCUCGCUGCCAACAAUUUCAGGAAUAUCACUUCCGCAGCCGUCGCUCUCAUUGGCAGUUUCUCUUUCGCUUCCCUCAGCUUCGCUUUCCUUAGCUUCGCUUUCGGCUUCGCUGCCACCACUUUCACUGCCAUCGGCUUCACUACCAUCACUCUCACUGCCAUCGCCUUCGCUACCAUCGGCUUCACUUCCCUUGGCUUCACUUUCGAUUUCACUUUCAUCACUAUUAUCAAGUUUGCUACCCUCAGUUUCCCUGCCAUCUGGGCCUCUGCUAUCUAG